AAUCGAGCACUGCCCGGGGCCCGGGGUCAGUAGGGGGCCCCAUGAAAUGCCCCUGGUACCUUUUAUAGGCUUUUUUGGGUGUGCUUUGAGUGUGGGCAAGGACACAGGUUCCCCAUGAUCCCCUAUUGCCCGGGGGCCCCAUGAGUUGUCAGUCCGCCCCUGAACUGGACUAUAAAAACACAUAUUGGUUGCUGCAGGUAAAAGACUUAUUUUGCAUUUGCCCUCAUUUUAUAAAUAAGCCACAGAGCCUGAGCCAGUCCUGAGAAAAAAAGAUCAUCUUAUGUC